UGGGCCGGGCUCGGGCCGAGAGGCGGAGGCUCUCGGGAGAGCCCCCAAACUUUGCAGGGCGGCUGUCGCGUUGGCGGCAAUGUGGCUGUUGUGGCUGUUCCUGGGCUCGGCGGAAAGCCAACUCUUGCCUUGGAAUAAUUUCACAAAUGAAUGUAAUAUUCCUGGAAAUUUCAUGUGCAGUAAUGGACGCUGUAUCCCAGGAGCCUGGCAAUGUGACGGGCUGCCAGACUGCUUUGAUGAGAGUGACGAGAAGGAAUGCCCAAAAGCAAAAUCUAAAUGUGGUUCCACCUUCUUCCCAUGUGCCAGUGGAAUUCAUUGUAUCAUUGGUCGUUUCCGAUGCAAUGGUUUUGAAGAUUGUCCUGAUGGCAGUGAUGAAGAAAAUUGUACAGCAAAUCCUUUGCUGUGUUCUACUGACCGAUUUCACUGUAGGAACGGCCUGUGCAUUGAUAAAAGCUUUAUGUGUGACAACCAAAAUAACUGCCAGGACAACAGUGAUGAAGAAAGCUGUGGAAAUUCUCAUGAAUCUGACAGCAGUCAGAAUUAUGUGACUACAGAGCCUCAGCUGAUCUUCUAUCCCAGCAUUACCUAUGCCAUCAUCGGCAGCUCUGCUAUUUUUGUGCUGGUAGUAGCCCUCCUUGCCCUGAUUUUGCACCAUCAGCGAAAACGCAACAACCUUGUGACACUUCCCGUACAUCGACUGCAGCAUCCUGUCCUCCUGUCUCGACUUGUCGUCCUUGAUCAUCCGCAUCAGUGCAAUGUCACCUACAAUGUUAACAAUGGGGUCCAGUAUAUGUCUAACCAGGGCUACCAUAGGCCGCCAGAUUUAGAUUCACCACCAUCUUAUUCAGAAGCUGUGCUAGAUCAAAGCAGACCCCCAUGGUUUGAUCUUCCUCCACCUCCAUAUUCCUCAGAAACAGGAUCCCAGAAUCAUUUAGGCCUCCCUCCAUAUCGUUCUCGAACUGGAAGUGUGGUAAGCACAGAUGCUACAGAGGCAAGAGGUCCAGAGAUUGUGGACAGCGGUCCAUCAAGAAGCCUUUUUGCUAGUAUGGAGUAUCACAGUACACUGUGUGAAAUUACAGCUGAGCAAAAUGACUCUCUGAUCAACUCAGUUUCUGUCUGAGAACUGUAAACAUUUAUGCACAUUUUUAUGGAUGUCUGCUGGAACUUGUACUGAAAUUAAGAAGUCCCAAGUCAUUUGGCUUCUUUCUACUUGAUGAUUGCAAGUGCUAUUAUGAAAGGAACAAGAGCUAUGUGAACUCACAUUAAACAACUUCCCUCAAUCAUUUCAAGGGAGAAUGAGCAAGAGAAGGUGCCAGUGGCCUCAGUCAUGCUAGAUUUAACUACUGAAUUGUGAAAUGGUUGGAACAAUUGAGAACGUCAGUUCAUUUUCACUUGCUCUCCAUCAUAACAUGCUGUUAAAGCAUAUCAGGUAUUUACUGGAAUUCAUGUAUUGAAAUCAAAUAUAGACACAUGUGCCUCGAUACAUGCCAGUGUUUCAAAUGAGCUCUGUGUGCUUUUUAAAUUUCUUAUUUAUGACUGUAAGAGUGUAUAUAACAAUAAUAGUAAAUGAAGCUUGCAUUAUGCAAGUAUUGACUGUGUUGCUGAUGGCAUCUGGAAGUCCAUGCUCUCAACAGAAAAAUGAAGCCCCGAAGAGUCACGGGAAAUAUCAUGUGCACAGUUUAACCUGUUUUGUGUUUAAAUCACAGACUCUGCUAUGAAGUAAACUAUUAUUACUUCAGUAAGAAAAAUUAACAUAAUUUUUCAUGGGUGGGGGUAAAAAGGAUUUUAAGCCACCUAAACAUUAAUGGAACUUGAGCUGACAGUCACUGACUAGGAAAUAGAUCUUAGAGUCAUGGUGGACAAUUCAAUGAAGAUGCCAACCCAGUAUGCAGCUGCUGUUAAAAAAGAAAAAAAGGAAUUCCGUGUUUGAAAUCAUUAGAAA